UUGCUAAUAAGUUUACAUUUUAUUCUAACAAUGGGCAAGGAUGAAAAAGAAGACUCCGGUUUCGGUUUCAAGGACAAGGCGAAGGCCGAGGAAACGCUACGCCUUUUGGAGGAGCACGAUCCCAACUACAGAAGAUUGACCGUCAGGGGUCUCCUUGGGAGAGCCAAGCGGGUACUCUCAAUGACAAAGGCGGAAGAAAAGAUUAAAAACAUAAAAGAGGCGAUGGAGGUGUUCGAGAACUGGCUCGCGGAUCUAGAAAAGGACAAAGAGAAGAAGUCUGAGAAAAAAGAGAAUAAAAAAGAAGAGAAAAAAGAAAAGAACAGCGAAGACAAUGAAAAGGAUAAGGAGUCUGGCUCUGAUGUGGAAAUGGAAGACAAGUCUAAGGAGAAGAAGGAACUCCCACCGGACACAGUGCCCGGAUUAGGCUUCAAGGACAAAGCGACAGCUGAGAGUACUUUGAAGGAACUGGAGGGGAGGGACCCUGAUUAUCAGAAGUUGGCUGUGAAAGGAUUAUUAGGAAGGGCGAAGAGGGUGUUGACUUGCACGCGCGACGAGACCAAACUAUCAAAUAUAAAGGAGGCGAUGUCGGUGUUCGACAAGUUCCUCGACGACUUCGACACGAUGCACCUGAGCAAGCAGAACAACCCGUACCUGAGCCUCGGCAUCGUGCGGACAUGUCUCAACAUGGCGCCCGACUCCGCGACGGACCAACAGAAAGCCUUCAUAGCUGCAUACAGUUCAGUGAAUGGUGAAUACAAACGUCUGCGCACUGUGGCGGAGAAGGAAGGUGGCAAGACCUGGGACAUCGUGAGAAACGCUGCACUCAAGGAUCUUAAGGAGAAGCACGCCGAUGUAAAACUGUUCAAUGAAAAGGAUGAACCUACAAAAGAGCAUUUAGAAAUGCUCCUCUGGGCCUACUCGCCGGAACAGGCGCGUGUCAAGAAAACAGUACAGGAGACUAAAGAAGAGAGUGAAAAAGAGAGCAAAGAAGAGAAGGAGGUCAAUGACCGGAAGAGAAGGAGCAGUGCGAGGGACGACGAGUCCCCGAGUAAAAAGAUGAAAGAAUAA